GUGUAUGUGUGUGUGUGUGUGUGUGUGCUCAUUACCUCACAUUUGACAUUUUCUAGUAUAAACACUGACCUUAUCAGGACCAGCAGAGAGCAAAACCUGGUUCUGACGAGGCAGAACCUUAUUUCUGAGGAACUGGUUAAGGUUAGGGUUGGGCAUUCACUGGUUAUGGUCAAGGUUAGGGGUAACGCUUUGUUUGGUCUGUCCAAAAUAGCAAAAUAGCUGCACAAUCCUGUGUGUGUGUGUGUGUGUCAUGUUGUUGAGGUCAGGUGUUGAAGACCAGCUGCCUAAAAAUAUCAUCUUAAACACAGAGUCCCGAGAAAGCAGUUACCAUUCAAGAUGUGUAUUUUAGCCUUCAUGAUCACUGCCGGCAGACGUCUACACACAUGCACACACAACUACUACGACACACACAUACAUGUCCACUGAGGAAAAAGUGGAGGCUCUGCUCUGUGAUCGGCCUCAAAAAAAGGAUAAGACAACUUUGGACGGUAACAAGAAGUUUUUUGACUUGAAGUGCCUGAUUUCUGCGCAGCAGAGGAAUUGAGACAUGUCCUCCUCUGUGGUGAGGUCCAGGAGUAAAAACCCAUACACGGCGGUGCAGGUGGACCCCGACAGUGACUACAUCACACCAGGAACAUUAGACCUGGAGCAGCUGUUUUGGACUGGCAGCAUGGCUCCAUAUGCUCAUUUCAACCAGGUGUGGCCCAGUGUGUACAUCGGGGAUGAGAAAACAGCUUUGGAGCGGCCUGGCCUGAGAGAACUGGGUAUCACACAUGUGCUGAAUGCUGCAGAGGGGAAGUGGAAUAACGUGCUGACUGGUGCCGAUUACUACAGAGACAUGCAGAUCCAGUACUACGCUGUGGAGGCUGAUGACAAACCCACCUUUAACAUCUCUCAGUACUUCUGCCCUGCAGCCCAGUUCGUCCACGAGGCCCUCAGUCACCCACAGAAUAAGGUGAUGGUGCACUGUGUGAUGGGUCGGAGCAGAUCGGCGACCCUGGUCUUGGCGUAUCUGAUGAUGAAACACAGAUUGACCGUCGUGGACGCCAUUGAGCACGUGCGACAGCGCCGUUGUGUCCUGCCCAACCACGGGUUCCUGAAACAGCUCAGAGCUCUGGACAUCAGUUUACAAGAGGAGAAGCUCAGAGAAAAACAAAAGAAGCAAGACCAAAACAUUACACAAGAUUUUAUUUAA